AUGCAGUCAUUGUGGAAAAUCAAACUUGAUUGGGAUGAGCGAAUUCCUGAGAAUUUAUUGGGUCCAUGGAGAGAUUUUAUCUCACAACUGAGUCAUUUGUCAGAGAUAAAAAUACCACGGUGGUUGAAUAUCACACCAACAGUCACUUCAAUGGAGAUUCAUGGAUUUGGUGAUGCAUCUGAUGCAGCAAUUGGUGCUGUGGUUUACUUGGUGACUAUUGAUUCUCUUGGUGUUGCUAAGAGUACUACAAUAGCAUCCAAGUCGAAACUUACACCUAUCAAAUCAGACUCCAACAGCUCCAAUAAGAAGAAAUGUAAAGUUUCAACACCAAGAUUGGAGUUGUCAGCAGCAGUACUGUUGGUUAAAUUAGCAACCUGGCAUCACAUACCAGGUGAAGAUAAUCCAGCUGAUGUAGUAUCACGUGGUACAUCGUCAUCACAAUUAUAUACAGAUCUUUUGUGGUGGCAGGGUCCAGCUUGGAUUAUUAAAAAUCAAAAUGAGUGGCCUGUGUUAAACAAUCAAGAGAUUGACAUGACUCAAGUUGAAGAGAAACCUUUGGUUUGCAAUGCAAUGUCAACCAUAAGUGAGAGUUAUUUAGAUAAUUUCUCGUCACUGAAAAAAGCUGUAACUGCGGCAGCAUGGUUGAGAAGAUUUUACCAGAGUUUUACAGCAAGAUAUAUUGUGGAUAGGUCAAGCUGGAUUACGUCUGAAAAACGUAAAAUUGCAUUGCUGGGUUUAAUAAUUAAUAAUCAACGAUUAUACUUUCAUGAGGUGAUUAAACGAUUAUCAAAGAGUGAAGCACUUUCAAGGUCAAGUCCUUUGUUUAUUCCUUUUACAAUCCACUUCCUCGCGUCAAUAUUCAUAUAUGUAUAA